AUGGGGCACCAGCACCAGAUGUUCAACGACCCCUUCGCGAGCAGCAUGUCGUCAUUGGAGGAGGACAUGUUCUCCGGUGCCGGCGGCUACCACCACCUCACGCCGUCCAUGCAGUGGCCGGGCUUGGAUAACGACAUACCGUCGGCGCCGGCUGCCAACAACGCCACCUCCUCCGGCGGCUCCGGAUCACAGCGCAAGAUGAGUCACAACGCGUACGAGCGUGACCGCCGCAAGCAGCUCAACGAGCAAUAUUCCUCCCUCCGCUCCCUCCUCCCCGAUGACGAUCACAAUAAGAAGAUGAGCAUUCCGACCACGGUCUCGCGGGUGAUCAAGUACAUCCCGGAGCUGCAGAAGGAGGUAGACGGCCUGGAGAAGAAGAAGGAGGAGCUGAGGCGGGCCAGCUGCGAGCAAGGCGCCAUGAGGCAGAACACAGCCCCGAUCGUGUCCGCCACCUGCCUCGACGACAGGGAGAUCAUGGUCCAGGUCAGCCUGGUAAGCACAAUGGCCGGAGCUCUGCCCAUGUCCAAGUGCAUCAAGGUGCUGGAGAGCCAAGGUCUUCGCCUCAUAAAUUCGUCGACUUCCGCAUUCCAGAACAGGACGUUCUAUAGCCUCCAUCUUCAGAGAACCCAACGAACAAUGAGCAAGGAGGGCCAAACAUUGUGUAACGAACUCGAGAACGCCGUGAAGCAAAAGGCGGGACAACAUCUGCAUCAUUAG